GAAGCUGGAACCCGCGUGUUGUUUUUUUAUUAGUUGGUGAAUGAGAGAAAUGAAAGGGCAUGGCUUUUAUAAAGUGAUUGGAAGCCCCUCUCUCUGUUUCUCAACUCAUAUCCCAAACCAUUAACAUAACCUAUAUCUUUCUUUCCAACCCCUUUCUUCCAUCUCCAUCUCCUUUCUGCAAUUAUUCCCAACUUUCCAUGGCUUCCUUCACACCCAAUCUCGAACCUGCCCCUGACGCCUCUCUUCAGUUCAAGCCCAAGAAACCCAGGAUAACCCUUCAAACCCCUUCCUCUUGUCCUUCCAAUCAACGCACCCAAAGAAUUAAGCGAUGGCGGACCCAACGAGACCAACACAUCUACUCCUCCAAGCUCUUCCAGGCUCUCCGUCGUUCUCGUCGUACCUCCGCCUCCAGGGAAGUCCACGAAACGGCUGACAGGGUUCUCGCCGGCUUGGCCAGGGGCACCACGCGUUGGAGCAGAGCCAUUCUCACCGCUCGCAAGGUGACCAAACAUAAGAAAGCCAAGCUCCCUACUAAUAACAGGUUGAGGAAGCCCGAUAUUUACAGAGAGAGGAGGAAAACGACGGCUGUUGAGCGGAAGUUGAAGGUUUUGGGACGUCUCGUCCCCGGUUGCCUGAAACUAUCCUUCUCCAACCUUAUAGAAGAAACUAGCGAUUACAUAGCGGCCCUAGAGAUGCAAGUUCGAGCCAUGACGGCUAUUACCGAGUUUCUCUGCGGCGGAACUGGCGGUGGACCGCAGCCGCCGGCUGAUCGCCUUCCCUCUAAUGUCAACUCUUGAAAAGGUGUUUAUUAUUAAUAAUUAUUAUUUUUUUUGGAAACUGUUUAUCAGUGAGAUUUUUAAGUUGCUGUAUUUUAUUGUGUAUACAUGACUUUUUCUUUCUUUUUGAGCUCCACUUUUGUUUAUUUUAUUUUAUUUUAUUUAUUUAUUUA